UUAUAAAACCUUUUGUUUCUUUUCCUUUUCCCCUAUUUUUACUAGUCAAUCUGCUUCACUUUCACUCACUUUCCUUGUGCUUUCCUCGUUAACAUACGCCUUGAAAACUGUUUUUUACUUUCUUUUUUUAUUUUACAUUUAUCUUGAAAUACCGUUUUUGCUUAUUUCAUCUGAUUUAAUAUUUUCGGUCAUUUCCGUUCUUCCAACAAUUUUUUUUUUAAUUGCAGUUGGAUUCUUUUUUCUGGCAGUUGAUUCAUCCUCUAAAUCUUCUCAGGUCAAUGUAGCUGGGUUUUUCUCCUAAAUUACAAUUUUCGUUUCAAAUUCGGGGAUUUUGCUAUCAAACUAUGUAGUUGAGGAUCCUGGAGCCUUUGUAGUAGUAGUAAUAAUAAUAAAACCCUCUUUCUACUUUUACCGGGCUUAGAUUGAAAUCUCCAGUUUUAUUUAUUUAUUUUUAUUUUUACGUUUCUAGCAUUAUUAUCACAAGGAUUUCCUUUUUCUUCUUUUGGUCAAAAACUUAGAUUCAUUUUAUUUUAUUUUGAGGCUUUUAUCCCCGCUGAUUAUUCAAGCAAAGUGUUUUUUCCCCUAUUUCCUUUAGUUGAUUUAUUGGAAGCUUCGAGUUUUCAGUUUGGUAAGUCGAGUUUGAGAGUGUGUUGGAUUAGUGGGUAAUAAGUGCCGACUUUGACACAGAUCUGAGUUAAAAUAACCAACAUUAAGCUCUUUGGGGGUAUUGGGUAUUGUUAAAGAAAAUUGUGGGGUAUUGGGUAUUGUUAAAGAAAAUUGUUCUCUUUUGUUUUUUCCUACUUGAGAAUGGAUCAUGUGAUUGGUGGUAAGUUCAAGCUUGGAAGAAAGAUUGGCAGUGGCUCUUUUGGAGAGCUUUAUUUGGGGGUAAAUGUGCAAACUGGAGAGGAAGUUGCUGUCAAACUGGAAUCUGCAAAGACCAAGCAUCCUCAGCUUUAUUAUGAGUCAAAAUUGUAUAUGCUUCUUCAAGGAGGAACGGGUAUUCCCCAUCUCAAGUGGUCUGGAGUUGAGACGGAUUACAAUGUCAUGGUAAUUGACCUUCUUGGACCUAGUUUGGAGGAUUUGUUCAACUACUGCAAUAGGAAACUUUCCUUAAAAACAGUGUUGAUGCUUGCUGAUCAAAUGAUUAAUAGGGUAGAAUAUAUGCAUUCAAAAGGCUUUCUUCACCGUGAUAUAAAACCUGACAACUUCUUGAUGGGCUUAGGACGCAAGGCAAAUCAGGUAUAUGUCAUUGACUACGGUCUUGCAAAGAAGUAUAGGGAUCUUCAGACUCAUAAGCACAUCCCGUACAGAGAAAACAAGAAUCUGACUGGCACAGCUCGUUAUGCAAGCGUUAACACUCACCUUGGAAUUGAGCAAAGCCGAAGAGAUGAUUUGGAAUCCCUUGGUUAUGUGCUCAUGUAUUUCUUGAGAGGAAGCCUUCCCUGGCAGGGGUUAAAAGCUGGUACAAAAAAGCAAAAGUAUGAUAAGAUUAGUGAAAAGAAGGUAUCGACUCCUAUAGAGGUUCUUUGUAAGUCAUAUCCGUCUGAGUUUGUGUCUUAUUUUCAUUACUGCCAAUCUUUGCGGUUUGAAGAUAAACCUGAUUAUUCAUAUUUGAAGAGGCUUUUCCGAGACUUGUUUAUAAGAGAAGGUUAUCAGUUUGACUAUGUCUUUGACUGGACUGUAUUGGAGUACCCAAAGAUUGGUGGCAGCUCCAGAGGGCGGCAUUCCAGUGGAAGGGCAGGUUUAGCUGCUGGACCAACCAUUGAAAAACCCGAAAGAAUCUCAGUGGGAAGAGAGAUUCGGGAUAGAUUCUCUGGUGCUGUUGAAGCAUUGUCCAAAAGAAAUAUUUCAAGUACCAGUCCUCAUCUUGAUCAUUCUAGACACAAGACUGUUGAUGAUGGGGCUUUGUCAAAGCAUGCGCUCUCUGAUUCAGAUAAAAGACGCAGUUCUUCUCGAUAUGGUAGCACUUCAAGAAGAGCUGUAGUGGCAAGCAGGCCUAGCUCAUCCGUUGAAGCCAACGACGCACCACAAAACCGACUAGCAUCAGGUGGUGGCCGCAUGUCUACCACACAAAGAAUUCAACUUGCCUUUGAAUCUAAGACAUCUAGCCGAGCCACCCCUGUUAGAGGAAGCCGUGAUGAUCAUCCUCUUAGAAGUUUUGAGCUCCUCUCGAUUAAGAAAUAAUGGCAUUGAAUGUCAAUCCCGAGUCGAUGUUUCCAAGAACUUAUAUUCUCACUCUGUAUAUGGGAUACCUCACCAGAUUCAGUGCCCCUAUAGCUCAUUUAACUUACCCCAUUGGCAACAUUUUUUUUCUCAAGGUUGUCUCCCACCAGAAGUGUAAUGUGUUAUAAACAGCAUGAAAGAGAAACUUGUGGAUCGGAAAUUCGGAGCUCAAUUUGUCAUAUGCAACCUGAAUAAUGGCUGCAAUAUGAUACUGUUCCAUCUGUUUUUUUCCCCUUCUCAUGAAAAUUAAACCACCAGCAUCUGGCAAUUGUUGCUGGUUUUUAAA